AUGAUCCUCCCAGGAGAUGCUAGAGAGAUGGAACGAUUUAUCUUUAUGCAUCAUCUGCCAAACUGUACGGUAUACGUUAGAAUUGUUACCAAGGCAAAAUUCCGCGGUGGCAAUAGAAGGAAGAUUAUGGAAUACAUGACGAGGGUAAAUGAAAACAAGUUUUACCAAAUAGUUCGAACGCCUAUAAAUGUGGACAUAUUGUCCCAAAAUAGCACUAAUGUGAUACAAGUGGAUGACAACUUUCAAUACACAGCCAAAAGAUUCAGGGUAAGAGAUGAAAUGACAUACAGAUUUACGAUUGGUAUGGUCCGGUACGGAACAUUUCUCCUUAGUAACAAAGCCCAAUCACUGAUAGAUAGAAGAAUCAUUUGGGAAGGAGGAUUAGAAAGACCAUUUAUAAAGAUAAUAUCGACACUUACAUACGGAGAACGUCAUAUUGUUUCUUACAAGUUUGUUGGUCCAGAAGCAGGCUUCGUUAUUGAUAGCAGGAAAACGACUAAAAUCUUUCUUAACCCAAAGGAUGAAAGAUUUGUUGAUGACUAUGGGCAAUUUCCCUUGAGUUCUGGAGGGGAAGAUCAAGAAGAUACGGAAAGGCUAGAGAGUGCUGCCAGCGCAUUCGUAGAUCCGGAAAGUGAAGAGCCGUCCACAUCAUCUUUUGUGCUACCUGAUAUCAUGCCUCCUGAGGCAUUUUCAGAACAACCAACAACUUCGUCUGCAAAUGCCUCACAACACUGGCCAUGUCUUCCAUUAGAAUCACGUAGAUAUACCGAGCCUCUUCGACCAGCAAAAAAAUCCUCUGCAGGUUACGUACCUCCGCUAGAAUAUUCGAUGGACGGAGACCCAGCAUAUUGCGUGGGAGCAAUAAACUGCAGAAGAUAUAUGAGAGGAAGAGAGACUGUAAUAGCCACACCUCAAAGUUCAGGAUGUGCAGCAGCGGACGAAAUAGAUUAUGACCAACGACAUUCUGACGGUAAUGUAGAUAGUCAGCACGUUUCCUAG